AUGUGCAGUGUCUCAACUUUGAAGAAGGAUGAACCGAUUAUUCCAUUAACGAUUUCUCGGUUCAAUAUACGUGAACAGUUAAAAAAGAAGUAUCUCAAGGGAGAAUCUGUGGAUGAAUUGACUGCUGAAGCACUGAGGGCUCUUUCUUCAGGCAAGACUGUCGUUCAUUUAUUUGCUUUAGACGAGUCCGUUGAAAUUGACGCAUCUUCACAAUUUGCGAACUCAAGCGUUGUGGUUGAACUUCCUUCAAAGGGGUCAUCAGUUAGCGCUGACGAUCCUGUUGACGCUGAUUAUGACCAAAUUCCCAUUGAAAGUUUUGGUCUGGCUUUGUUGAAAGGAAUGGGACUAAAAGAAGAGCAAGUAAUAUCACAACCCACUGCUGAUUACGCAGCAAAAGUUCGCCUCAAGGGCCUUGGUCUCGGAGCUGAUCCCAGAGCGCUUCAGAAGUAUAAAGAAGCUGAAAAAAAUCGGUUUGCUGAAAACAAUGAGAAAUUAACCUGGAAGGAAGGGACUAGUUGCCAAGUAGUUUAUGGGCGCAAUGAAGGUCAAUACGGCGUAAUUAAGGGCCUGGAUGGUGAUACAGGGCGCGUAAUUGUUCAACUUGCAUCUACCAAGCAGGUAUUGAAAGUGAUGCAAGCAACUCUGAGACUUGUGUCUUCUGCGGAGUACAAUAAGUUUGCAAUGUAUCUUAGUAAGUUCCGAAAAUUUAGCUUUCCGUAUCAGUUUUCAUCAGACAGCGCAGAGGUUAAGAAAUAUAAGGAUGGAGAGGGGACGGUGAUCCGCAGGCGUGCAGAUAGCAAAAGUGGCCAAACCGAAGCCGAUGAAGCACCUUUUUGCGUCGAAAAGCGACGAAGGGUUGAGGAUCCAGCAAAGAGAUCGUCACAUUCAUGGUCAAAAUUCUAUCAGUUUCCUCAUCAGCCUCUCAUUCUCACCGAUGUUCAUUGUAAGGACCAUGGUCUUUUUGUAGAUAUUCAUGAAAAAUAUCUGCAAACGACUGUUCCCAAACGUUCGGGCGAAUCGGUGGUAGUUGUACGUGGACCUUACCUGGAUGAAGUCGGCAAACUUGUUGAAAGAAAUGACCAGUCAUCACAGGCCUAUAUCUCCCUAAAUUCCAUCGGACGGGAGAUUGCUUUUCACUAUGAUGACGUUUGCAGUUUUAGCAAUUGA